UGUUAUUAAUUGUUGCUAAUUGUGUGCGAAAUUCAAACCUUAAUUCUACAACGGUCGAAAACCCAAAACGCUUCUUACACUCUUCUUCUUCCUCUGUUCCCAAAACUCUGAACCAAAUCAUUUCAAUGGCAACCAAACAAGAUUCACCAAUGGAGCUUCACGAAAUCAUCACAGAAUCUGAAGGAUCCGAUCCAUAUUCAGAAUGCGACGAUUCAGAAGAAGAUCCUGAUUUCGACAUGCUUGAAGAAACCCAUCGUAGCUUCUCCAAUCUCUCAAUCAAGAACAAGGCGAAAAAGCGCAUAGUUGAUGAUAAGGGUCUGGCUGGUAUUGAGAUGAAUUCAAAAGUGUUGGAGAUGAAUGCACCUUCUCUUGAUGACGAUGGUUUUGAAAAGGUUCAGAAAAUAAUUAAGGCUGGACUCGUAGAGAAAUUGAAAGUGGAUGAAUGCAAGAUGUAUUUGAAGAAGAGUGGUCUGAGGCUAACUGGGAAUAAGGACACACUUAUCCAGCGUAUAAAGGAGCAUCAAGAGAUUAUAAAUGGUGGAGGGGAGAAUAAGUACCCGCCUCAUAGCUUUGUGUUGAAUUGCAAAGGUGAUGCAUGCACCGGUGAUGUUGUUUUGUUUGAGCAAAAUGUUUAUGAAAUGUUCAACAUAGCAUCCAGGAGUGGCGGCGGUCCACCGUGUGGCAAAAGGAUUGUUGCAGGCAGCAUAGUGAAAGAAAGCUAUGGUGCUGCUAAACAACAGCAUACAUUUACUAUUGAAGUGCUGUGGAGCAAGGGAGAAAAGCCUCUCCCUCCCCUUCACCCCUUACUGAUUAAGGGUCGAAACCUUUAUCGGUUGAAGACUUUGAGACAGAAAUGGGAAGAUGAAGGGAAAAGGCAAAAACUGUUAAUGGAAAAACACUCGCGAGGAUCCGUUGCUAGGGCAGACAGGGAAGCAAGGAUACAGGAAAAGGAGAUGAGAAAAUCAAUGAAGGAAAAUAGGAUCUCCAAAAAGGAUUCAGCAAAGAACCAAUUCCAAUCACAUUCAACCAUGGCAAGGUCACAAAAUCAACCUCAAGAAACAACAACUGUAUUCAUUAAUCCAAAAAAAACCGAAUUUCCAUCCCAACACUCAGCUUUAUCAACACCGGCAAUUGUAAAUAAACCAGCAGCUGUAACUGAACAGCGUGUUCAGCCUACAUAUUCUCGAACUGUCGUAAUGGGAUCAGACCAGCUCAGAAAUUCAGGAAAAUCAUCUUUUAUCGCAAACAACUAUUAUGCUGACUACCAUUACAGAGACAACCCAACUAGUACUGCUGAGAGAUACAAUGCUUUCAUUGCUGAGACAAACAGGAGAGCUUCUUACCAAAGGAAGCCUUUGACAAGUGCAAAUCACUUUGUUCCACGUUCGGCAAAUGCAAACCACUUUGUUCCACGUUCAGAAAAUGCAAAUCACAUGCAUACAUCGAUCUCAAAUAGAGAAAGCUAUCAGCAAAAACAGUUUUGUAGACAUUUUGCUCGUGGAAGGUGCCAUUAUGGAGAUAACUGCAAAUUCUUACAUGGUUCGAGAGAUUAAGGGAAAUCAGGAACCCAUGAAGUGGCAUAGUUUCAUAGAUGUUGAGACCAAAAUUAAAAUUUUGCUCUAUUAUCCAUGUUACUGUGGUCUGUCCUUUCUCAGGAUAGAUAUUUUGGUAUCAUAAUUAAAUUUUCUUUUUUAAAAUUGAAAAGUUGAUCUAAUGUUUUAUUUAGUAUUAAACUUGUUAUUCUGGCGUUUUUCUGUGUGACGCUUGAGUUAAAAGUUCUUGGUGAAUAUAUCAAAUCUAUUAAA